GCCCUGGCGACGUUUGUGAGGAGAGGCGGGCGCCAUGUUAGCGCAGGCUCGGCAGCUGCCGCCGCCGCGGCAACGUACCAGGAAGGAGGCGGAGACGCCGGAACAGCUCCGGCUGCCGGAGAAGCCGUUGGGGCUGGCGAGGCGGCGGGUGGCAGCCGAGGGCGGCGCUGGUGCGGUUGGUCUGAGGGGCGGCUGCUGAGGCGGCGGCGGGCGAGGCAGCCGCCCGGCCUGAGGGAGAAAGAGAGAGAGAGAGAAAAGCGCAGGAUGUCGGCUUCCUCCGCGUCGUCGCUUCCCGCGAGCGCCGCUUCCUCGGAGGGGAAAGGGCUCCCCCGGGGCUGAGGCGCUCCCUCGGCGCCUUUCCCGUCCAGGCCUCCUCCUCCUUCGCCCGGCCUGAGGCCUCGCCGCAAAGGGGUGGAGGAGGAGGAGGAGGAAAAGGAGGCCUCCUUUCCUGCCCCGCUGCCGCUGCCCAGGCCGGCCUGCCCGCCCGCCCGCCUCCCCCCGAGGCCGCCGGUGGAAGAUGGCGUGGGUGCUGAAGAUGGACGAAGUGAUCGAGUCCGGCCUCGCGCACGACUUCGACGCCAGCCUCUCCGGCAUCGGGCAAGAGCUGGGCGCCGGCGCUUAUAGCAUGAGGUGGGUCGGCCCCUCGGCAAGCGGGGUGGAAGAAGCGGGGAGGGAGCGGAGCUGGGCCGCGCCAGGGCGGGCAAGUGGGUGGCCCUCCCUUCGGUGGAGCAGCGGCGCGGCGCCUCCUCUGUAUCUCUCUUAGUUUUUUUAAAUGCUUUUCAGGUUUAUACAUUUCACUAAUUUUACAAGCUUUUUAACAUUUCAAAACUCGACUUCCUUCCCCCUCUUUCUGCGGUUCCUUAAAUUUAUUUUUGGCAUAUUCCAAAUUAACUUAAUUGGCUCAUUUGGUCAUCUACUUUAAAUAUAUGCUGUUAUGAAACCGCAGGUUAUUACAAUAAUCCUGCCAAUGUUCUUAUAUGUUUACAGUUUAUCUGCAAAAUAUCCAGUAAACCAUUUCCAUUCUUUUAUAAAAAAAUUAUCUUGAUUUCCUAUUCUUCUGGUAAGUUUCGCCAUUACUGCAUAUUCCAUAAGUUCUUGUAUCCAUUCAUCCUUUGCUGGGACUUCUGCUUCUUUCCAUUCUUGCCGUUGUAGUAGCGUACAUGAAUAAGAUUCUGUACAGUUUAGGUUGUUCUUUCCCUACAAUUCCCAAAAGAAAGGCAUCUGGGUUUUUUUUUUACAAGCGUUAUUUUAAACAUCCUUUUCCAUUCAUUAUACUGUAUAUCAUUUCCCACUAAGCAUUAACCUUACUAUAAGGGAGCUGUCCUCUGGGGCUUGGGAGUCCCGCUCUCACGGAAAGAGCUGCGCCUACUGCUCUAUGGUAACUUCAGGUGCACGUGUAUAUGCCUUCUUCCUCCAGGCGGCCUUGACUCUGAUACCUUGCCUGUUGUUCGAUCAGGAGGGAGGGAGGAAGGGAUCACAGCCUUUGCCAAGAUAUCCGAUGGGAGGGUGUUCCACAGGGUGGGUGCCACUACCGAGAAGGCCGUCUGCCUUGCUCGGUAGUGGCACCCACCCUGUGGGACACCCUCCCAUCAGAUGUCAAGGAAAUAAACAACUAUCUGACUUUUAGAAGACACCUGAAGGCAAUCUUGUAUCGGGAAAUUUUUAAUGUCUAAUGUUUUACAAUAUUUAUGUGUUGUAAGCUGCCCAGAGUGGCUGGGGAAACCAUUACAUUACAUUGUGCCUUGGUUUUCAAACAUUUGAGAAGUCAAAUGGACUUCUGGAAUGGAUUAAGUUUGGUGCUUUUGUUUUUGCUAUUUUGCGUUUUUGUUUUGCGGAUUUUCGGUUAAUUUGUUUUUGCGGAACCCAGUUCAGCUACUGAUUGAUUAGUUGUGUGACUGCGGAAAUGGAUAAAGCCCCCCCCCCCAUUCCAAACAAUGACUGUCAUCAGUGCAGGUAAGAAAAAAUUAAUUUUAAUUUUUAUCAUCUACAAUAAUGUCUUAUUUACUUUAUAGUAUAGUACAUUAUUGCUUUCAUUUUAUGGAUUAAUGAGCUCAUUAGAUAGCAAAAUUCAUGUUAAAUUGCUGUUUUAGGGGUUGUUUUUCAAAGUCUGGAACGGAUCAAUCCAUUUUGCAUUACUUUCUAUGGGAAAGCAUGCCUUGGUUUUGGAACGCUUUGAUUUUGGAACAGACUUCCAGAAUGUAUUAAGUUUGAGAACCAAGGUACCAGUGUAGUAAUAAUUUAGACCCCGCCCAUCUGGCCACACUGGGCAGCUUACAGCACAUAAAAAUAAGAUAACAAUAGUUCAGGUAGACUGGGUGCUGUUGGUAAAAGAAAUCUCCAUUCUACACUUUUUCCCCCAGAGGCUGCUGUUCACAUUUGCAUUUUGCUUUAAAGCCCUGAUGAUGCUGCAGCAAGUACAAAUUUCAAAAGUGCUUAGUUUUUCCUCUUUCUUUUUAAACGGACAGUGUGUUGUAUCUAAAAUGUCCUGUAUCUUUAGUAUAGGUGAGAUAUGCCUUCCAUUUUAUUCUUCAGGUGUGGCAUUAUUCCAAGUUGUGUUGUUCGCUUUUAAAUUGCAUGUUAGGCUGUGCUCUAAUUGUCUGUUUGUUUUUUACUGUGAAUUGAAGAAAGGGCUCUGAACUAAGUCCUGCAAAAACUUAAACAAUAAAUUCCAAUAAAGCCAAUGUGGUGUAUUGGUUGGUUUAAGAUUAAGUCAAGGGAGACCAGGGUUCAAAUCCCCAUUUGUUCAUGGAGCUCGCCGAGUGACCUUGGGCCAGUCACUGUGUCUCAGCCUAACUUUUCAGGGUUGUAAAACUAAAAAGAGGAUGAGAGAACCAUAUAUACCACCCUUGAGCUCCUUAGAGAAAAGGUGAAAUAUGAAAAUAUGAAGAGGAAGAAGAAGAAGAAGAGACUCCCACCACAAUAAUAGUCAAAUAAGCCAACAUUACUAACAGACAUUUUAAAUUCCAAUUUGAAACUAAUAACACUAGAAUAUUUGGCUACUUAUGGGACGGGUGAGUGGGUUCAUUCCACACCAGGGCAGAGGGGAGAAGAGAAUCAGACGCUGAACCUUGUUUCCCUUAGCUGGGUGUACUGUAUGUGUUUGACAACUGAAUUGUUUUACUGGUGGUGGUGGUGGUUGAUGUGGUGUAAAGUUCACUUUUCAAGCAAUAUGCUUACUAAAGCCAUUAACAGCAGCAAUUCUAUAUAAACAUCCAUAUCAAGCAAUCCACAGCAUCUAGGUAUAAAAUGCAAAAUGCAGAGGAGGAAAAAACACUGUCUGUUUUUAACAGGUUAUUUAAACUACUAAGGGUUUCUGCAGAUCUUAGCUGGAUGGAAAGGGACUUGCAUAGUUGUGGCGGGGUUGGGGGGACUAUUGAGAAUGCCUUCUCAAGUUUCUGCAUACCAGAUUCCAAGCGAAUGCAGCACUCUCAAGAGAAUCCCCACCAGUUCUCAGUGUCUGGGGCAGGUGUAUAUGGGAGAAAUCCUUCCAUUAGAUACCUAAAUUCUGAGACAGGCUUUGCUUUGCUUGUCAACACAAGUAAAGUGAACUUAACAUAAUAGUUUCUAGGCAGUCAGUGCAACUCCUUCAAAACUGGUGUAAUGCAUUCCUAAGUAGGCUACUCCAUUUAACUGCCUAGCCAUUAGCUCCAGCUUCUCAACCUACCUUAAGGGUAGCUCUACCUAGAAGUGUGGUACAAUAAUCCAUUCUUGAGAAUACCAUGGUGUGGAUCACUGUGGCCUGGCUAUCCCUGUCCAGGAAUGGCCAUGGCUGGCAUACCAGCUGAAGCUGGUAAAAAGUACUUUUUGCCACUUGCACCUCCACCAAUAGUGAUGGCUCUAGGUGCAUCCCAAGCUAUGUACCUCCUUCAGAGACAGUGUAAUCUCAUGCAGAACAAGGAAGCCUAUUCAGUUCCUGGACAUGGGAAUUACCUAUACACAGCAGCUUAUGAGGAUCCAGCCAACAAUGGUAUCCAAACACUGGUUUGUUAUACUUGCUCAGAUUAGUCUUCACAUUUUUAAUCUAUUUGCCACUGCAGUUCCCACCACCACCACCAUCCAUGAUCUCUGGAGUGCACAAAUUUGGAGCGGCUUUGGGAGCCAGCCCAAAGUUGUGGUUGCCACCAAUCUCUGCCAAUUCAGGAAGGACUGUGAUAUUAUUGGUUUUGAAGCUGACUUUCGGAGAGACUGGGCAGCAGCAAGUUCUGAUAUUUCUGAAGCACAGUACAGUCAGGGAUUUGUCUUGCCUUCACUUCGGGCCAUCUAAACAAAACAGUCACUGUUGAGGGGCAGUCAAGGACCUCAUGACAUACAUAUAUAAAAAGGUAAAGGUACCCCUGACUAUUAGGUCCAGUCGUGGAUGACUCUCGCUCUAUAGGCCGAGGUAGCCGGUGUACAGCUUCCGGGUCAUGUGGCUAGCAUGAUUAAGUCGCUUCUGGCGAACCAGAGCAACGCACAGAAAUGCCUUUUACCUUCCUGCUGGAGCAGUACCUAUUUAUCCGGAACUGUUAGCAUAAAUGUCACUGGAAUUUCAUUCAAGUGUAAUAAUCUCUUUCCUCAUCUGUAGUUAUCAAUGUUUCCAGUAUGCCAAGGCCUGAUCUGUAUAACUUGACCUUUAUAACUAUGUAACUUGAUUAAACUAGUACGUAAGCCACACACUUCUAGGAAUUUGGCCUUUUCUGAUGAAGUAAUCAAAUAGUAGAUUAAGUUAUUUAUUCUUUAUGUGAAGAAUGGCUGUUGCACUUCCCUCCCUCCCUUCCAGUCCAUUUUUGCUUCUGUGUUAUGUCAUUUUAUAUUGCAAGCCUGAGUGCAGAUACCCUUUUUCUCUGGAGCCAUUUUGGCUAACAGGUGGGAUAAAAAUUAAAUAAAUUCUAAGAGAAUCUGUGUAAACUAUAGCUAUGGAUUGCUUUUUUAUUUUGACAAGAAUACAUGGCUAUAUGCCCUGCUUCCACAUUUCUUUAGCCCUUUCUUUUUCUUUUGAGGUACUAGUUAUGUCACAAUCUCUUUUGUUAGUUUGAGGUUAUCAUCAGGUAUCUAAAGUAAGAACCUUGUUGCGUGAUUUUUUUUUCCUUUUUCUGGCAAUGAUGCAAGUGGAAUGAUUCCCCCCCCCCCUUAAACAGGGUUGGGGUUUUUUAGAGCAAGCUGAUUGAACCUUUGUGGUGAGUUUUGGGAGUCAUCAGAUAUUGUUCAGUAGUUGAAAUGUCUGUCUAGGACGAAGUAGUUCAUAUAUUGCAGAGAAAUCCUAGUGACUAAAUUGGUCCCCUAGUGUUAGUACUUCAGAAUAACCUUCCAGAACAUUCAGAUAACCACAGAUGGUAAGUAGCAAGAAGGUGACUUCUUAGGUAACUCAGCUCUGUUUUCAGUUAAGAUUUCGUCAAGAGUAGCCAGUACCUUGGGUUUCACUUGCAUCUGUGGCUCACUAGCUGAUAGAUCAGUUAACACUUGUUGGCUUGCACUCUUUAUAGACUGAAGUUUUCUCUAUACUAGAUAAAUGGUGUUCGCUUUUUGUUCACAUGAUUUAAGGCAGGCUUUUGUAAACUGGAUUGGUGCAUAGUGUAGUUCCCAACUACCUGAUAUGAGCUAAAACUGCUGUUUCAGUAAGAUUUCAAUAUUGAAUUGAUAAAAAAAAUUAAAAAUGAGAGUCGCUCUUUCUCUUGUUUCUAAUGCUAUCUGAAGUUGAAAAAUGUGAUUGUAGUGCAGCUUCUGGCGUUGACAUAUCAUUUGUAAAUCCUGCUUGGAAGUGUUGUUUAUAUGCUUGUUUAUCCAGAAUUCAGUUGAAAUACUUCUGCUUGUUUUGAAAAUGAUGCCAUGUGUUAAUGUGAAGUAACUGAGUACAUGAUGAACGGUAGUUAGCAGACUGGCCCACAUAGUAAAAAUUUGUAGGGCUGAUGAGUAAAUCCCUGGAGAUUUUGAGGCAGAUGGUAUCUCACCAUGUUGUCUGGGACUUGUAAACUAUUAGCGUAAUGGAAUCUUUAGUUUUAAAUAAACAAUGUCAUCAUUUUUUCCCCCUUCUGUUUCUUUAGUAUCAACUUGAUGUAACUACAACAGUGUUUCUGAAGAAUGGGCAAGAUUCACUACAUAAAGUAAAACAAAGUCCCAAAUAUGUAACUUUUUUGUUUGUUGAGAAGCUAGCAUGAAAUAGCACCUGAAAUAUCUGUUAUGCUAAAUGAUAAGGUGUUAACCUCUGCUAUAAGUGGUUACAUAAUCAUGGUGUCUACUUGUAAUUUACAACUGUUUACAUAUUUUUCUUCAUUCUAGAGUUAGGUUGCCAUUGUGGGAUGCUGUAUAACAAACAUAGCAUGGCUCACUCUUGGUAUCAAGGAAAAGGCUGCAUUUUAUGGAUCUCUCUCCCAGGAAAUUCAGCAUGCUGCCUCUUCCAUUUAGAUGGCCUUUGGAGAUCCUUUUAUUCCAUGGUUUAUAUUCCACUUUAUAUGGUUUUAAAACUUAUUCUUGCUGGCUCUUUGGUUUUUGCUGAUGUGUUUUAUAAUCUAUUGGAUACUCUAGAUACUGUGUUUUAAUUGUUUUGUUAUUUCAUAAUUAUUUUGGUUACAUGAGCUGCCUUACAGGAAGCAAUUUUAAAGGUAGGGUAAAAAUACUUACAUUCAAAUAAAUGAAUAAUAUUGCUGGGGUUUCAGCAUACAUUCAGAAGGAGAAUUGUAUUCAAGGAUACUGUUUUCCUGGAAACAGGACUGCCGCUUCCAGCUGGUAUACCACUGGCCUUCCCACUGAGUAAUUUCCUUGUUGCUAACAAAGAGAAGUAAGGCUUCUGAGAUCUAACACUGUCACCUGUUCUCAUUUCAGUGAUGUUCUGGCACUGCCCAUUUUCAAGCAAGAAGACUCCAGCCUUCCACCUGACAGUGACACAAAACACCCACCAUUUCAGUAUGUUAUGUGUGCUGCAACAUCUCCAGCUGUCAAACUACAUGAUGAAACCCUUACUUACUUAAACCAAGGUUAGCAUUGUUCCUCUGAGUAGACUUCUGCUGCUCUUGUAUAUGGCUACAUUUUAAUAAAUUUUAAAUGUCUGAAAUAAUAAUCGUUGUUCAAAAUACUUGCUCAUUGUAAAUAUCUGUGCUUGUUUUGGUAUCCUGGUAUGUAUAGAGACAACAAGGAAAGGCAUUAGAUUUUAUAGUUAUGAAACUGGAACACAAACAUUUCCAUUAACAGGAAAUGUGUGGUUUUUUUCUAGAUGCUGGCUAAUCCCAACAUCAGAUUGAAUGGUGUUAUAUGAUAGUGUUCUUUGUUUCUCUUUAGGAAAAAACCAGACUUGAAGUUCUAUUGAGAAAUAACAGUUGCAGUCAAGGUUAAUAGUAUUGCUAAAUAAAAUAAAGUUUAGACUACGAAGAUAGCUUGUGGGGUAUGAAAUAAGUUUUUGAGGGCUCUUAGACCUCUAACAUUAUUUAUGCAUUGUUUUCGAUUCAAAACCUUCUGGCACUUAGUAUAUUCUCCUAAACGUUCCUUGGAAUGCUUGGUGUAAUUUUGUCAUCUUGGCAAUGUAGUGUUUUAGGAAGUGCAUUAAGUUAAGGAAAAAGUGUUCCUAUGAGAUUACCUAUGAUCCCCAAUACAUCGGCACAUUUAAGAAAAUGCAUUUCCUCAACUUAGUUCAUGGGGCGGGGAUUGUGGUACAUUGCUCUUUAAGCUGCAUUUAUAGCUGCUUUUAAAUUUCUGUAUUGGGAUAAAAUUUAUUCCAUAUGUUCAUUUUUUAAUAUUGGAAAAAACCCUGUUCUUUUGAUACUUUGAUGCAGUAUUUUAAUAAAUUAGAAUCAGUGUUCAUUGUCCUAAAUUUAAUACUAGAUUGAGGAAAGCGUCAGAUUGUCACAUAACUAUUCAUAGACGACAAUUUGUGUUAUAUGAAUGGGAAACACAAAAAGGAGAAUAAUUUCGACAUUUAUUUACUUGUACUAGGAUGGUUUCAGUCUGGUGACUACAAGGCUUGAUUUCUGUUACUGCUUCUCCAUCCCUUGUAGUGUGUUUUAAAUCACUGGUUGCUUACAGUUAUGUCCAUCCUGAUUUGUGCAUUGGCUUUCUAUAAGAGUGUAGGCUGUAUUUAAGAUGGCACUGUGGUUUUCAAGGCUCUGUUUGAUAUAGGCACAGACAUUCCAGAUACGUUGUAAGAACAUCAUUUAGAAAUACCAUGUGCUGCCAUUUUAAAUCAGUAGAUAAAAGGUGCAAUUUUUUGUCAGCAGAAUCUUUAGCUUAUAGUAGCUGUCUUCCAGUUUACUUUCCCUUCUUCUUCACUUUUGCAAAAGGGCCUAAAUAAUUUUCUUUCCCUCAUGCUAGAGGAGCUUUACAAUUGUGUAUUUUCCCUUUCAUAUUCCACUUUCCUCUUUUUAACAGAACAGUUUAAAAUUGUUUUGAUAUAAUAUAUUGUACUUCAGUGUCUUUGAAAGUAUUGCAGUAAAGUGGCAUUUGGCCAAGGGCACUACAUAAGUAAAAUUAUUAUUUUUUUCCCUUUGAAAGGUCAGUCCUACGAAAUCCGGCUGUUAGAUAAUAGAAAAAUGGGAGAUAUGCCAGAGAUCAAUGGGAAAAUGGUGAAGGUAUGUUGUUGGCUCAAUCCUGAUUCCUGUCUCUUGUGAUUCUAUGUAGCUAUUGGAGCUACUUCCAAUGACAACAACAUUUCCCUGUUUUGGCUCUUAAAACUGCAGCAAAGAGAGAAUGCAUCACCCACUUUCUAAUGGCAGAGGUUUCAGUAUAGGUCCGGACAUCCCCAAAACUUGUACAUGGCUAGACUACUGGGAUAUUCCAAAGAAUUCAUGUCAGUGGUGUAGGAUGUCAUUUUGCAUUUCCAGCAUUUCUUCCUGGUAACUUUUUAGACCAUCCAGGGCUGAGGUCUGAACUCCGUACUUCAGCUCUAAAUCCUCCUACCCCAAUUCAAGUAUAUGUAGUUCACUCUAAUGUAUAAAGGCAGGAACAGUUGAAUGUGAGGAAUCUAUAAGAAUAUGUAACCAUUAUUUAAUUAGCUUUUAGUUUCACUUUUCAGUUGUAGGAAGGAAAAAAUUACCUUGUGUAAAGUCUCACUAUUCAGAAUACUCAGCAGAAUUUAAUACAUGUGGCUUUGGAUUAAAAAAAAGGUUAUUAUACCUGCCUAAAAGGUGGCUCAGUACUAGUGAUGCUAUCAUAGCUUUCUGUAUUUGAGAUCAGGUAUGAGCUUUUGGAACUUUUACAACACUUUAAAAUUUGGAUUGUUUCCCCUUUCUGCUUAUUCUGAGCUAGUCUUGACAUGGGGUGAGGACACCCAUCACUAUUCAGUACCCAAAUAGCCUUCACUCUUUACUUGUGAACUAUUCUCGCUGAAAAUCCCUCUUAGACAGACGAAAACUAAUAUAGAGACUGAAUUAUGAAUUUCUAAACAUCUAGGGCUUCUUUUAGUCACAACAGCUGUGAAUGUUUAUCACCUUAAGAAAAACAUACCCUAAGCUGCCUGGCAAGUGGGUGAGGAAACUCCUGGCUCUCAUGAUUCCCAGUCCUCCAAUCUGCUGGCGUUACCUGAGACUUCUAAAUCAGUGUUAGGGCUGCAGUCGACAAAAUAAUUUAGAGUGGAUGUCAUAGGGUACAUGAGCCCAUUUUAGUUGAGUUAUACAAGUAUAUUUCCAGCCUGGUUGUUUACCUCCCUUCUUGUUUUCUGAAAGGAAGAAUAAUAUUGCGAAGCAGAGAAUGAGGUGUAUGUUUUUUACUUAAACUGGGUGCAUAUUCUUACUCUGGAAGAAAUGUCCUUGAUGAUUAUUAUAUCUUAAAGCACAAGUACUGAGGAACUUGCUGAUGGAUUUAUUGAGCCUGUAACUGAUAAGUGACAUUUUCCUUACUUUGAAUACUAGUGCUACUUAACUGGUGUGAUAUUUACAAAAUUCUAAACUGAGUAGUCCAGUCAUAUUUGGAGGAUACCACAUGGCUAAUCUGGAUUAAAUUUUCAUUGUAUCUAGCUGAAUCCAGGUUACAGCUUCUAGUGAAUAUAUUUUUUAACAGGUUCUGUUUUCUAAAACCUGUACAGACUCACUUGCUCUCACAUCAGUAUCUCCCCCCUCUUCUUUUUUGUGUGUGCCCCGCUCCAGUUUUAUAUUGCUAACACAUAGGUUUGUCCAGUCCCAUCAGCCUGUAUAGUUUUUCUUUGAAAUCAAGGUAGCUCAGUUGGUAGAGCAUGAGACGCUUAAUCUAAAGGUCAUGGGUUUGAGCUCCACAAUGGGUGAAAUAUUCCUGGAUUGCAAGGAAUUAGACUAGCUGAUCUUCAUGGUCCCUUCCAACUCUAUGAUUCUGUGAUACCCCUUUCUCUGGUGCUCUGUGAGUUGCAAAUAAUUCAGGAACUUUUAUCACCCUGAUAGAGGAGAGAGUGCACAUAACCAGGUAGAGAAUCAUCACAAUGUUCAAAGUUAGUUUAAAACUAAGGUAUUGUCACUCUGCAGGCUAUCUGUGAGAAGCUCAUACCUAUGUAUACUUCAGCAUUCCUCCAAAAGGAAGCAUGGCUCUUGUCUGUAUGAUUUCAUUGCAGUAGGAAAAUUUGGGUGGGCAUAGCAUUGGCACAUUUUUACACUGCGAACUAGAUAUCCGUCAUCUUUUAUUUUAGAGUAUUAUAAGAGUUGUGUUCCAUGACAGAAGACUGCAGUAUACUGAGCACCAGCAACUUGAAGGCUGGAAGUGGAAUCGCCCUGGAGACAGAUUACUUGAUUUAGGUAGGUGUGUUAAUUAACAUAGCCUCUUCAUAUGAAGAGAUGAAUUAACAAGAGAAGUGUUAACUCUUCUGACGUAUAUAUAUAGUAGAAUUUGAAUUGUACAUGGUUUAAAUAAUGCAUUAUUACGUAGAUUACCACAAAGGGCGCGGUACAUGAAUUGUACAUGGUUUAAAUAAUUGUACAUGGUUAUUUAAAUAAUUUAAAUAUUUUCUUCUGACGUAUAUAUAGUAGAAUUUGAAUUGUACAUGGUUUAAAUAAUGCAUUAUUACGUAGAUUACCACAAAGGACGCGGGUGGCGCUGUGGGUAAAACCAGUGCCUAGGACUUGCCGAUCGUAUGGUCGGCGGUUCGAAUCCCCGCGGCGGGGUGAGCUCCCGUCUUCGGUCCCAGCUCCUGCCCACCUAGCAGUGUGAAAGCACCCUUAAAGUGCAAGUAGAUAAAUAGGUACCGCUUUAUAGCGGGAAGGUAAACGGCGUUCCGUGUGCUGCUCUGGUGCAGGCUCGCCAGAGCAGUGAUGUCACACUGGCCACGUGACCCGGAAGUGUCUGCGGACGGCGCCGGCUCCCGGCCUCUAGAGUGAGAUGAGCGCACAACCCUAGAGUCUGUCAAGACUGGCCUUUACCUUUACCACAAAGGGCAUUGGAAAUUCUCUCAUUCAUUUUGAGAUACCCUGUUAGUAACAAUUAAUAGAUGGUGUGAUCAAAGCACAAAGAUGGUAUUUUUAAAAAAAGAAAGACUUGAAACUUUAAACAAAAUUUCUGCAUGUUCAUUAUUGCUACUCUCAAUCUGUCCUAAGAGAACAUUAUUUAAGAUGAAAAUGUGCAAAUGAAAACUUCACUGCAUUGUUUCCCCCCCCAAAACUGUGUUUAUUUUAUAAAGAUAUUCCUAUGUCAGUUGGAGUAAUCGAUAUAAAGACAAAUCCAAGCCAGCUUAAUGCAGUUGAAUUUCUGUGGGAUCCUGGAAAACGAACAUCUGCCUUUAUUCAGGUUUGAAGAUACGUUUUCUUAAGAAAUGAUAGUCUUUAAUGGUGGGAAAUAAAUGUUGGUGAUCUUUAAUGAUUUAAAAGAGCUGAAACACAGUCCUCGCUCUUCUUAGUUGUAACAUCACUCUUGUGUACUGUAUGCAAGAAGUUAAAUAAUUGUCAAAAUCUUGAAAAUAAUUUUUUCUCAAAUGAAGAUUACAACUUGCUUACUCCCCCUCCCAUAAAAAAGAAAACUAAUACUAUAGUGACAAAUGAACACCAUAUUGUGGCUUUUUUUUUUUUUAACCCCUAGGUACAUUGUAUCAGCACUGAAUUUACACCUCGUAAACAUGGAGGUGAAAAAGGAGUUCCUUUUAGGAUUCAGGUUGACACUUUUAAACAGACAGAAAAUGGAGAAUACACUGAUCAUUUGCAUUCGGCCAGCUGCCAAAUCAAAGUUUUUAAGGUAAGAGAUGUUAAUGAACAGCAGGGAGGAAAUUGGCGUACAGAGGCUUGUAGUAUUUAUUUUUCUAAAGCUUGAUUUCUGUGUGUAAUUUAAUUUUUAGCCAAAAGGGGCAGAUAGAAAACAGAAAACAGACAGAGAAAAAAUGGAGAAACGAACUGCUCAUGAAAAAGAAAAAUAUCAACCUUCAUAUGACACUACAAUUCUCACAGAGGUAAUAAUACUGAAAUGUUUUUGUUUGCAGAGAUAAAUGGCGCAUAGUACACAUAACAUACUUUAAUCUAAGUAAUGAGUUAGAGUGUCAAGGGGUGGGUCAUAAGCUAAAUAUAUCUAAAAGUAGGCUUUUCAUUUGACAGAUGUCUUUGACAAAGAAACAAAGACCCAUAAGACUUAGGAUCAAGUAGAAAUAUAUAUUUUCUUAAAACAUUUAGCUUUGCUCAAACCUCAUGUACAUGUCUAAAAGCCCUUCAGUGCUGAAAGAAAAGUGUCUCAGGAUUUGUUUUGUUCUUGUCUGGUUUGAGCCCAGAGCUGUAUUUUAGAAGUUAUUGAAUUUAUGGGCAGAGCCUCACUGGGUUCUUGCAUUUCUUUUUAUUUAAACACCAGUGAGUUUCCUAUAGCUUUCUAACGAUUGCAGAAGUUUUUAAAAGGCUUUUAAAUUUUCCUCACUGUAUAAUGAAAAGAAAUUGAUCCACAUCUUUGGUGUUUGUCCAGAUGAGGCUUGAGCCUAUAAUUGAAGAUGCAGUUGAACAUGAGCAGAAAAAGUCCAGCAAGCGGACUUUGCCAGCAGACUACGGUGAUUCUCUGGCAAAGCGAGGCAGUGUAAGGGACUUCUGCUUACUUUUCAUUGUGCAAGUUAUCUUGUGCAGUGUUAGAUAUAGGACCAAUUUCCAUCACCCAAGAUUAAAAAACAAGGAUUUUGUCUGCCUUGGCUUAAUUUUGUGCACUUUCGUUUACCCACAAAUUACUUCAUGCUUGUAUCUUAGUGAGAAAUACUUCCUAAAUCUAACACAUAAAAAUGUCAGCAGGCCUGUGACUCUUAAUAAAAGCAAGAGCUUCAGUUUACACCUGAAAUGGCUUUAUUGAAUAGCUAUGUUCUUAACAACUGUUUUCUCUCCUGUAAUUAAUGGAAUGAGAAGUAGCAAUAUCAUUCAGUUGAGAUGUAUUUUUCUAUAUUUUCACAUGCAAGUUUCCACAAACUAUUUUUUUUUUCAUGGCUCUGUGUUGUCUAACUAUUUGCAGUAAUAAUACUUAUAAUACUUUGCUUUCCUUAUUAAUGGCUUUCCAUUUGUUAAUACUAUUGUUAAAUUCCUAAAUGAGCUUGGCCUAAUCAUGUAUUUGCUCAAUAUGCAAAUAUUUAUAUGAUACACUUCUUAAAAGUACAAACUGACAGUUGAAUAAUGCUAUGCAGGCCUUUAUUCUUCCCUUUGUACACACAACAAAAUAGGCCUUCUCCAUUUGUUAGCAUGAAAGCAGCUGCCAGUGAAAGAGCCAGUUCAAGCAUAUCCAGUUGUUAAAAUGUCCUUGGCUUGACUGACAAUACAUUUGAAUGGUAACAUUCUCACUCCUGUGAACUGGCACUUUGAAUUUCAGCAGGGGCCCUAAUUUGACCCACUGUCUCUUUUCUCCAAAUCACAUGUACAUUCCCUAUAUCGCUAUCUUGAUUAUCUACUGUAAAAAAUAAGAAUUAUCUACCACUCACUCAUAUAAAAUAUCAACCCAACAAUGUAUAAGGUAAAGGUACCCCUGCCCGUACGGGCCAGUCGUGUCCGACUCUAGGGUUGUGCGCCCAUCUCACUUAAGAGGCCGGGGGCCAGCGCUGUCCGGAGACACUUCUGGGUCACGUGGCCAGCGUGACAAAGCUGCUCUGGCGAGCCGGCACCAGCACAGCACACAGAAACACCAUUUACCUUCCCGCUAUAAAGCGGUACCUAUUUAUCUACUUGCACUUAAGGGUGCUUUCGAACUGCUAGGUGGGCAGGAGCUGGGACCGAAAGACGGGAGCUCACCCCGCCGCGGGGAUUCGAACCUCCGACCAUGCGAGCGGCAAGCCCUAGGCGCUGAGGUUUUACCCACAGCGCCACCCGCGUCCCAUAUCAAUGUAUACAAUACAAUAAAAUGUAAGAUGCAGAAAAUCAAUACAAAAUGCCAGCUCAUUCUGAAAAAAUAAAAAGUAAACAACUGAAUAGACCUGUCUGGCAUAAAAAAUAAUAAUAAUUCAUGAGACAUUUGAAAGUAAGCCAUGCCAAAUCUCUACUGGAAGAGUAUUCCAGAGUGUGGUACCAGAAACGUAAGUGCCUGGCUUCUAGUUGAGGCCAGUCGGACUUCUGAAACAUAGGGGAUAUGUGAUAUUGAGUGUGGAGCAGGUAAAGUUGCGGCAGCAACUGAAUGGUUGGGAGCUUACAGGGUGCUCUCAGUUGUUCCUUUGCAGGCAGGCCUUGCUGAUCAGCUCUGUCAGCAGGCAAAUGACAGGUGGCCUUCAGGGAGGUGGGGAUUCAGCCAACCGGGCUGAAUAACUUCUCUAUCACUAAUGUAGCAUGGCCAACGCUUUCUGUCCCUAAGGUGUCAGUGGUGGAAAGCUCUUGUUGGCUUAUAGGAUGGCAAUCAUCACUGAGUGCUAUCUUGUGGUAACAAAAAAACCCCCUAAACCUUCCUUUUAAAAAGCCACUAAAUGUUUUUUGUGCCAUUCCUGCUCCUUCCACUAUAUGACAACCUGUGAAGUAGAUUGGAAUGAGAAAUAGCAGCUAGCCCAAGAUCAUCCAGUGAGCUUCAUGGCUGCUGGUGGUCUGAACCUGGGUCUUGCUGCUCUACACUGAAUUUUCCCUAGAAGUUUUCUACCCCCACUAGGCUCGUCAAGGUUUCACAUGAUUCUACCGUGUCCUCUUUUUCUCAUAGCUUUUGCAUUAAUGCUUUCAAUAAGGGUUUCAGCAGUGUCCUUUCAGAUAUAGUGAGAAUUGGAAAUCUGUUCUGUCCAGUCGUGACAAUAGCAGAAGACUAAAGAGUUCUUCUGAAAGAGCUGUUCAAACUUGUGCUGCAAUCAUUUAUACAAACAGUUGGCUCCUUUGGUUGGAAACAGAAGAAUGCAUAUCUGAGGGAAAGUAAUACAAAAUAGAGAGAACAUUUACAAAUAAAUCACUGCUAAGUUCUUGAGUAGAGGUCCAUGUAGUAAAUAGUGGUCAACAUCUAAAACUUUCGCUUAGAAUCAAAUGUGUACUUUAAGUGUAAUUUCAGAAGGCAUAAAGGCUACUGAUACUUUUAUCUUAAAUUUACCAUAAAUGUGCAGCCUAAAAAGGUAAGGGGGGUAGUAUAAAAAGUAAAGGGAUAGAGAUAGACAGUCAAAGCUUGUAUUAUCUUUUCAUUUUUAACUGACGGAGGAAGCUUUCUCUUUAUAAUUAUUGGUAUACAAUUCUACUGGGUCAUGGGAAGGAUUGGUUGUGGUGGACAAAGCAACAGGCUUACACAGGAGCAGUAGGAUGGCAGACCUCCACCCACAGAGAGAAAGAGAGAGAGCUCUGCAAAAUCUUAGUCUCUGGUAUUACCAUCCCAGGGACUAUAGGAUAGCACCCUUAAAAUUCAGUACCCUUAAAAUGCAGUAAUUAUUCAGCUAGAAUGCAUUUGCUUUAAUCCAGUGUUAAUUUCUGCUUAACUGUCAUAAUCUUGAGAAAAUUAUUGAUCUAAAAUGUCCCAUUUAAUCAUAGGCAGCAUGGAUUACAAUCUCAGACGGAAUAUCAUUCAGUUAGUAUAUUGAAAGCAAUCAUAAUGUAAUAUAAAAUACAUACUGUAUCAAAACAAAUGCUGAACCUUCACAUUUCAGGCACCCAGAAACUUUGUGGCACCUUCUUAUACUUAUUUCAGUUGUUGAUGUUGUUUUAAACUAUUACAUUUAAAGAGAAUAUAUCUUUUUUAAAAAAUUCUUAGAAUUCACAUCUGGAAGUAAAAACAUGCAAGCAUGCAUAUUAGGGUGUAGCUUCAGUGUGGGGUGCACAUCUUUGAAAUGCAUAUUUGCUUUGUCAGAAAUCGGAACAUGAUUUAUUGUUGCCCUAGAAUUGGGGCUUAAUCCCCAUCGUGCACCAAAGGCGUGAAAAACAGCCAGCUAUACAUGCCAGCUUCCCCCUCUGCUUUCUGUGCUUCAAUUGAGAUGAAGUUCUUUCCCUGCCUGUAAAGAGAGAGCAUGCAUUAAUAAUAUUUUACUUAGAAGUAAUGAUAUAUAAUAGUAAAUAAUAAAACACAGAACUCUGUGUUUCUCAGGCUUGUUGAAACUAUUUUCUUGUUGAAUAAAGAAAAAAAGCCUGUUGAGAAUGGUUCUGCUCUCUUUUCCCUAGAGGGUAUGUGUGAGAGAGGGAGAAGGGUUAUGAAAUUGGCAUUCAUAGCCUUCUUCCGAAUGUGCAUGGUUUCAUCCUGAUAAGAAAAUGCAGGUGGUAUUCCUCUUGAGUACUGGAUACUGGGCACAAACUGGAUCACUAUCACGUUCCUACUCUGUCAGUGUCCAAAGACAUUUGACAGAUUGCUUUUGAAAGUAGGAUGGUGGACCUUGGACUGAUACUGCAAAGGUAUGCAUGUUUCUUUUCCCACCCACCCUAAUCAUGCCAAGCUAGCAUAUGAUCCACCAAUCCCUUGCAAAUGAGGACCCUGGUAAGUUGUGGCUUCCAGUUACAGGGAAGAAUCUAAACUUGUUCAGCUGAACAUGCUUAGAAUCCUCCUCCAGACAUUCAAUGGUUCAAAGCAAUGCUUCAGAAUUAGAUAAACUAGGUCAGACCUUUAAAAAAAAACAACUGAUCAAGUAAUGCAUUCUGGAUAUAGGAGCUGGCAUGCAGUGCCCUUGGUAGGAGUGCAUGUUUCCUUAAAGUAUGUGGGAAAAGUUUCUCCCCGUGUUGUGUUGCUGUUUCCCCUCUCUUUCUGUGAGGCAGAAUGCAGCUUGCUAAAACUGGUUGUAGAAUGUGAAUGAGAAGUUCAAAAGUCCCCCUCCCUUCUUUUUUGUUUGCAGGAGAUCUAAAGUUCCUUGCCAUAUGAGUGAGGUUCUCCCCUUUCUUGCUUUUGGGUGCUUAACACUGUGCACAUUUGAGAUGCCAUAAAGUUUUGUGGACCUGCAUCUAAAUUUUUAACUUAGGUUUGUUUCAGUGCUAUUAAAUUACCAUGGCUUCCCUUAGGAAACCAUUGGAAUGAGUUUUUGGUGAGAGAUUUGUGGUUCCUUGUAGGCUUCUGUGUUCCCAUGGUUCUUUUGGAGGAAACCAUGCUAGUAAAGCUAAUGUACAUGAGCAGUUUCUGGAUAUUUCCUACAGAGUCAUCCAGCUAUACUGGAGCAACUUGAGCAGUGGUAAUGCGUGGACUUACCUUUAAAAUUUCCUGUUUUUGUUAGUCACUCACUGAAAACAAUCAGUUUAUGGAAUAGUUUAGAAAUGCAGGUUUGAACAGAUUCUGUUUGUGGGGGGGGAGUCAUUACUAAAUUUAUUAUCACAAUGCACGUAUAAUCUUUUAGUGACUUAGCUUGAGUUGUAUGCAUGCAUAGUAAAUAUAUAAUUAUAUGAUAAAAUAAGUGAGGACUGGUAGAGAACUUUUGAGAAAGUAAGAGUUAUGCUCUUGCAAAGUGAAGCCCAGCUUUAAUUAUAAAACUGCUGUUUUAAUGUUUCUCUUUUCUCUAGUGUUCACCGUGGCCUGAUACAUCUACUGCAUUUGUGAACAGUAGCCCUACCCCAACUCCGACGUUUGCCUCUACUCCACAUAGUACUACUUACAGUGUCCCAGACAGGUAUGCUUCUCUUCUAGCAUGACGUAUCUUAAAUCAAGAUUAAGACUGAAGAAAACGAUGCUGUGGAACUUGUAUGUGAUUUCCUUGCGUUUAAUUAUCUCUCUCGGGAUAAUCAGAUUACAAGAAAUUAUAAUUCAAAGCCCAAAGUUUUACAGAAAAAUGGAAGAGACAAGUUAACCCUUGUCAAUAUUCCUAGCUUAGUAGAGCAACAGAGGAUAUUGUGUUAUCUCCUGCUCUUAGUGGUACGUCCUCCUUUUUUCAUACCAGCCAUUGAAAAGUCUGCCGCUAUUUUAUAUUGUUUUGAUUAAGGUGUUUCAUGUAUUGUACUUUUAGUGUAUAUUGCUUUUGUUUUAAUAUAAAUAUUGUUUGCCACUUUGGAGGCCUUUGGACUAAAAAGUGGUAUAUAAGCAAACCAUAUCAUUCAGUCUCCACUGUAGACUAUUGGGGCUGGGGGGCAACUUGUACUUUGUCACAGGCAGUAAAAUGUCCUUUACCAACCCUGUUCUAAGUACAGCAUAAGGAGAAACAGCGCAGGUCUGUAUUACAACAAUAUUUUGUGGUCUUCAGUCUGGAAGUUGAAUCCUAUUGCAAGUGUGUGGCAGGGCUAUGUUGUAUUGUCUAGAGGUUAGUGUAAAAUUCUGCCAAUAAGACAUCACAAAUGUACCUGUUAUAAAAUUGCUGGCCAUUCUCUUCUAGCAGUUCAGUGCAGGAGAUGCUGACAGAUAAAUGCACUUUAAAACAGCACAUGCACUGGAGAUGGUUCCUAGUUGGAAUUCUAGCACUGAACUCCCAGCCUGCUUUGUUAAAUUUAUGAAGUUCCAUCCCAGCCUGAGUUUGCAGUGGGAAGUUUGCUGGCGGGAAAAUACCUGAGAGGAGUGCCUCUGUAUCACAGCCUUAGAGCUUCAAAAAAUAAAAGUAAAAUAAUCACGUAAUCUUCCUUUCCGCAUCCUUCCCUGUCUAGCAAUUCAUCAUCUCCAAAUCACCAAGGAGAUGGAAUUCCUCAAGUAUCGGGAGAGGUGAGUUUCUAAUGCUACCAGGAAUCCCACAUACCAUGUAGAUAGAAUGCAUUGCUCUUUGGCAUUCUGAGGAGCUGUGGGGUUGAUGAAAUGGGCUGGACAAAGACCGGAGCACGAGUGGUGGAAAUCUCACUCCAAAACUGAGAUAGAAAGCUGAUACAUUGUGUCUAUCACAUGGCCUUGAAGGCAGGACAUUACAGUUGACUGCAUGCAUCGCAUCCGCAAGGAGUCAGCUCCAGAGUUCCAUGUUGUAUGGGACUUGUUACUCCAGAUUUGGGGGGCAGACCCCUGGCGCACACAGUGCCUAGCUGCAAGUGGUUUGCAAGGCAACUGAAGGACAAGGUUGCUCCAAUUUGGAAUGAUUUAGAUGCUGCUGUUAAGCAAAUCCAGCCCAGUUGUCCAAUGCUUUGUCUGGUCCAGUGUUAUGGGAUCAGCUCCAGUCAGUGCAGCCUGAUGUGGACAAGAUCCUUAAAGUGAUGCAUCUGGCCAUGCGCAGCCUUCGAUCACUGCUCUUCCUGGCCAGAGUAGAAUAGCCAGGUGCGUCCAGGAUGUUACGAAAGCAUUGUUGCCUGAUUGGGUUCUGCCAUCUGCCCUUUAAAAGGCAAUGGUGUGGCUGAUCCUUAAAAAAUUCAACCCUGGACGCAAUGGUGUGUAAUAAUUAAAAGCCAAUUGCCAGUCAUCCUCUCAGGAAGGUUUUUGGAGAGAGUGGUGGCAAAAAAACUGCAAGUGUUCCUGGAUUUUGUUUUAUUAGUUAUUAUAAUGAGUAUUCAUAUUGCUUUAAAUGGUGUUUUAUUGUUUUACAGCACCCAGAUACUUUAUGAUAUAGUGGUACAUAAACACUUUUAGAAAGAAAAUAUUGUACUUUAAAAACCUAAGAGUGCAUAUUACCAUAUAAAAUGUAGAUUUUAGUAAUUUUUUUGUCUUCCCCCAGCAACUUCAUCCAUCGGCCACAAUCCAAGAAGCCCAACAAUGGUUGCUUAAACAUAGAUUUUCCACGUACACAAGGCUGUUUUCAAAUUUCUCAGGUACUUACAAGAUCAACUUUUAAGUUUGCUUGUUUUUCAAAGUAGCUCUUCAUCCCACGGGACUUCAUGUAUUUCUGAUAAAUAAGUCUAGUGAGCAAUAUAGAUUUAACAGAUAACUUUGCUAGUUAUCGGAAAUUCAAACCGAUUCCUUUUUUUCCUUGUCAGUUCUUUCCAGCAUUUUUUAUGGUUUUUAUUGACACACUUGCAGCAUCCCUUCUUUACUAUAAUCUUAAGAACUGCCUUGCUGAAUCAGGCUAAGGGUUCAUCCCAUUUCCAAAAGUUACUUCUGGGAAGUCCAGAAACAAGUUGUGCAAUUAGCAUCUUUCUCCUAUUUUCCCCCAGGAGCAAAGGAAUAUUUCCUCUUAAGCAUGAAGGUUUAACCAAGAAGUAGACAAUAAGUGUCCUCCAUGAAAUUGUCUAACCCCCUUUUAAAACAUCUUGCCACUGGGAUGUUUUGGGAAGUAACCAUGGUCAAUAUACUUUCCUCUGUCCUGUAUUUGUUGUUGAUCUAUUUAAUUGGGUGAGACUUCUCAUAUGAAAGUAGGAAAAAUAUCACAUCACACUAAAGUAUGUUGGGGUGGGAAACGGAACCAAAGUCCUAUCCAAGCAUGACUGAUAGCAAAGGAUGAUGGGAGUUGUAGUCUAGCAGCAUAUGUACGGGUCACAGGUUGUCCAGCUGUGCUCUACACAGUCAAUAAUUUUUAGCACUUCCACCAUGUCUUCCCUUAGUUAUCAUCUUCUAAAAAUCACCAAAGGCUUCCUUUAUGGGGAAGGUGCUCCAACACUUGAUUAUUUCUGUACAAUAUCUCUUUUGGGAUGCGCUAUAUAUGGUGUUCCAGAUAUGGCAGUUAUUUACAUAAAACCAUGAUAUUGGAAGUCUUCUGAAUAAUCUUGUGUCAUCUGCAAAGUUGGCUAUCUUGCUGCUCACUCCUGAUGCCAUGCCCUUUAUAUGACCAACUUAAUAGCAACAGUUGUAGCAUGAUACAAUUUGGAUUCUUUUGUACCAAAAAUUAUAUGAUUGUCUGCCUUCUCUAUGGAUUUGUCAAUGCAUGUUUCCUUAGGCUACUAGUUGAGUUGUGAGUGUCUGUCAGAAUUCAUCCCCACCAAAUAAUAUGCUGGAAGUGAACUUUCUGCCUUUUUUCAUGCUUAGUCAUUGAUCUAACAUGUCUUUGGAAUGCACACUCGUUGAGAGUAAAUGUGAGAUGCUGUGGAUAGUGAAAAUAGUGCAGGUUGCUGUUGCUACAGCCUUCUCUUGUUGUUCCUACCCCAGUCAUUAUUGUGUAGAGGCAUAAUUAGAACCUUAACACAGUUUCCUUUGAAUAUGGAGAAAGGAGAGAAAACACAGCAGCUUCAGUCUCUGCCCUAAAACAGCUGCUAUCCCAAGUGGCAGCAGCAAGACAAGAGAUAAACCACACAGAACCGUAACCUGAGAAACAGAUGUCACAGUUGAGACCAAAGCAGAGAAGUUGGAGAAGAGAAAAACAUAGUCCAGAGGGAAAACAAGAAUGUUUAAUACUUCCCCUCCCUUAACCAUUUUAAAUGUUAAUUGAAAGUUUUGGGGAGCUUUUCUAAAUGUUGGUUGCUACCCGAGGCGGCUAGCUGUAAGGAGUUUUGAGAUUUGUUGGCAGAAAACUGUAAUUGAAAAUGCUCUGUGGAUAUGACACACUAAUAUUAGGGGCUGGUGGGGGGAUCCUUGGUAGAUUUGAAUAUGCAUUGCUGAGGCUUGGAUGGGUGAACAGGAUGGAGUUGGUCUCACUCAGCUUUGCCCACCCAAGUACUCUGUGCAGCAUCAGGGAGAACUUGAUAGUUGAGGAGGGGGGUCUAUAAUGAAUCCAUCUCUCUCCAGGCUCUGUCCAGUUUAUGGGGAGGGCAGGAUCUAGAGUGUGUGUUCUUGGCACCCUGACCACCCUGUGAUCUUUGAAGGGUGGUAUGGAAAUUUAAUAAAUCAGAAUAAGAAUAUGAAUGCACAGUGAAUGAAGUGCUGCCCGUAAUGACAAAGUUGUCACGAAACUUGUUGCCACGAAACUUGUCCUGCCAGAAUUGGAAGGUUGGGCAUAUCUCCUUUCAGCUAAAUGUUUUGGAUAGAGAGGCCCUAAAGCAUUUGUUGAGAUGCACUUUAAGCAACAGUAGCAUAUUAGAACUGUGGACAUUGAAUUCUGAUCUAUAUCUUAUAUAGAUGCUAUUCUGCUUUUUUUCUGCAGGUGCUGAUUUACUGAAGCUCACAAGAGAAGAUCUGGUACAAAUCUGUGGUCCAGCUGAUGGAAUUCGGCUUUACAAUGCACUUAAAUCAAGGUAAAUAUUAUCCCUGUGCCAACUCUUGCUUGCAUCAGUUUUGUACGAAAGUCUGUUUUAGACUAGAGGGAUUUGGGAGAUAUUAAUUUAGAUUUUCGAUUGGCAUAUGCCUGUGUGAGCUCAUGCAGGAGUUGGAAGUACUGUGCUCAAAAGAAGAAUGUUUUGUUGUACACCUUCAGGGCAGGCCACAGAUAUGAUGCAGGCACUGAUGAGCUCAAAGGUAGACUGUAAGACUGGUAGCAAUGCAGUUGGGCAGUACUGAUUUCUUGAAGACGGAUGGGUUUGUUGCCAAGAGACAAAUCUUCUCAUUUAGGUGAGCUAUAACCAACCUAAAGUUCUUGAGGUCAUGGCUACUAAAUAUUAACAAUUGCAGAUUUCUAACUAUGAAUUAAGCUGGCAUAAUAGAUGAUGUUAACUUGCUGUUACUUCUGUUACUCAAGUAGUUAUAUUACAAAAUUGCACCAUACACCAGUGUCCUAAUUGCUUUAAGUUUGAAGAUUAAUUCACCACCAUUAGACAAUCUCAGUGGUUCUGAGAUGAGUCAUCAGACUAAACAAUCUUUGAUAGUUUGCCUCAAAUGUGAAGUAGUUUGUAAAGAAAAUAAGUAGUGUUAAAGUAACAAAACAUAAUGACGUACGUCCAUUUUAUUUUGUACAGGAGUAUUUAUUUUUCCCCCUUACAUUCCAGGUCUGUUAGGCCACGUCUAACAAUCUAUGUAUGCCAAGAGCAAUCAAGAAGUCUACAACUUGAAAGGCAGCAAGACUCAGGCAGUGGAGAGAGCAGGAAUGGUGCAAUAUAUGGUAUGUGUCUGUCAGGAGCUUAUUUUAGUAUCAACUGUAUUACUAUAUGGGACUAUAUUACUGUACAUUGGAGGAUUUAUUCAUCACUUACAGACAUCUUUAGGGCUGAAGGUUUUUUGAGUAUUUGUUUGGAACAAAUAAAAGUUAAAUUUCUACUCUGCCAGUGUGAGUAGUUUAUAAUGGACAGAACUAUUGGCGCUUCUGCAGUACAGAGAGCUGGUGUACACUUUAUGUGACCUAAUACACAGAAAAAUACUGGUGAGGAUAAACAUGAUAGAGUCUAUCAUUUGACAUGCCAAGAACAAAUCAUACCAGAUCGGCAGUAACCGCUCCCAUUUUUUUAUGUAGGUUGGUUAGUAGAAACAGAAAUGUAAAGUUGACAUAGACUAAAUGUACGCACAUCUUUUUAACUUGUCCCACAAUGCAGCCUUCUUAAAACAAACGUUUUAAAAGGAACUGCUGUUGACAGAUGGGGCUUGGAUUCGUAGGACCUACAUUCAGCUGAAGUGUAUGAUUCUAUAAGGGGUCCCAGAUGUGAUGCUAUUUAACAUUUUCAUGAAUGAGCUACGCAAAGGGCUCAAAUUUGCAGAUAACAAAAGUGAGGAAAUUGCAAACGCUAGAGGAAAAACUAAUUUUUUAGCAUCAUCUUUAUAUGAAUGUUAAGUAAAAUUGAGCUUAACAGGAACAAAUGAAAAGUGCUGCAUGAAAGGAUGAACAGAGUGUGAUGGUGUAAGGGCUGCAUCUAUUUAAAUCUUAUUUGUCUGGGUGAACAGGAUCUUAACCGCUUGCAGCAACUAGAAACCAUAGCAACUGCUAUGUACUAUGAAGUGGCACUGGAAAUACCUCUUUGCAGGAUGAUACAGAAUGAUGUGUGUCCCUUACAUAGACAUUGUACACUGCCCCUCUGGCUACGUGGAACUCAUUUAGAGCACCAUGUAGGCAGAACACACUUUGUCUUGGCUCAGUUCCAGGAAGUAAUGGGAGCCAUUGAUGGGUUAGGAUGCUCAGAUUUCUGUGGUGGCUGGGAAGUGUGUUUACAGUUAACGCAAGUGCACCAAGCCCCUUGAAUGAUAUGUAUGAUUUGGCCGCAGUUAGUAAAGGUAAAGGGACCCCUGACCAUUAGGUCCAGUCGUGACCGACUCUGGGGUUGCAGCACUCAUCUCGCUUUAUUGGCCAAGGGAGCCAGUGUACAGCUUCCGGGUUAUGUGGCCAGCAUGACUAAGCCGCUUCUGGCAAACCAGAGCAGCGCACGGAAACGCCGUUUACCUUCCUGCCGGAGUGGUACCUAUUUAUCUACUUGCACUUUGACGUGCUUUUGAAUUUAGUUACAUCCUGUUUGGAUUUCUGUAACACGGUCUUUGUGGGGCUGCUUUUGGAAAGUGCUCAGAAGCUUCGACUGGCUCAAAGAGCUGCAGCCAGAUUGCUGACCAUAUGGACUGCCUUCUUAGAACAGCUUCACUGGCUUCUGGUCUCUUUGCAGGCACAAUUCAGAGUGCUGUUUAUGCCCUGUAAAGCCCUACAUGGCAUAGGUCCAAGCUGUCUGAAAGACCGUAUUCCCUCAUGCAAACCUGCCCGAGUUUUGAGCUCUUCAGGGGAGGCUCUUCUCUCGGUCCAGCUACCCUCACAGGCACAUUGGGUGGGGAUGUGGGAAAGGACCUUCUCAGUGGCUGCUCCCAGAUUCUGGAAUUGGCUCCUUGGAUUUGUCCUCCUUGCUCCAUCAGGCUUUUGGGCACUGACUGUGAACUUUCAAUGAAAGGGUAGUGCUGUGUUGUUUUUACUGUAUUUGUAUGUUUUAAACAGAUAUUAUAUCUGAUUACAAUUUUAAUUCUAUCAAUUUUUUAAUUCUUUUCCACAUUUUUAAUGAUUCUUCUUUUUAUUGAGUCCUGUCAGGGGAAAAGGCAGGUUAUAAAAUGGAUAUAAUUAAUAAUAAUAAUAAUAAUAAUAAUAAUACACUGAUUUGUUUCUUUUGUGAAUGGCAUUUAGUUUUUUAGAAUACAGAUUCUAGUAACUUUCACAAAGAAAAUAGUGAUGGGAAGUCUAUGCUGAAGGAACAUUGUAGGAGUACUUUAAAAGGUAUUUUUAUUUUAGUUUAUCAUGCAAUCUACUUGGAAGAAAUGGCUGCCUCUGAAGUCAUGCGCAAACUUGCAUUGGUGUUCAAUAUUCCUUUGCAUCAGAUCAACCAGGUUUACAGACAGGGUCCUACUGGCAUCCAUAUUCUCGUCAGUGACCAGGUAAAUUACAUUGUUUUUAAUAUAUCUAUAUACUGGGCGCUCGGGUGAAGGGUUAGGACAGCCAUGGGCAUGUUGUUCAUAGUAGCCACCCAUACCCCAGGUCCCUGCUGUCAGAAUGGAAACCAUUCAAACUUCUUUUUGAGAUCCUUCUUGAACCUCCCACGAGCUUUAUUUUUUAAAUAAUCUCUAGAGUUCACAAUGCCUUGUUUCUGUGCUUGUUUAAAUUAAAGCAUAUGUCAGACAAGAGGUUUCCCCAAAAAAAGUUUGGGGCAAAUUUCAUAAUGGUGCUGCUGAGCCAACAAAUACAAAAACCCUUAUCAACAAAAUAUGGACUUUUUGGUGAUGACUUUAAGCUUGCUACCCCUAUAGCAGCAAAGCAGGAUAUUAAAAAUAAAAUUUAAAGAUUAAAUCUAAUUAACCAGGACUUUUUAACUAUGCAGUUCUCACCAUUUUAUUAUUCUAUGAAAUCUGAUUUUGGUCUAUUACAUUUUUUCUCUCUCAGUUGAUGUGUUGAGGGAGGCAUUUCUAAUUAUGCCAUCCCAAACUAUGCUGACAAUGUAUUGUAAAUGGGAGAAAUGCCAGAAUACCAGUAAAUCCAUAAUUUGUGUAUCUGCAGCAGGGAGAGGUGGAAAAUAUUAUUCAUUAUAUUACGUAUUGCUGCUAGGGACAGAUUUCUCAAAGGAAUUUUCCACUUUCCUUUUUGAACAGGGAGAAAUAUCUGUUGUUUGUUGAUGGGUGGGGAUACAUGAUUUCUGCAUUUGCCUUAGCAGCACAAUGGAUCAGACACCAUUUCUGUGUGCUGGGGACAACCCAUGCUAAAAUGUACUUCAGUUCUGUUUGUAUUUUUAUUAUGGCCUCUAACAAAUAAAUUUGAGUACCUAAUAUAUAUAUAAGGGAUUAUGUUUAAUGAGUGUUGGGUUAGAAAUCUAAAAAGUAUUGUUUAUUCAUAAACUCAUCAAUUUCUCUGCCAUUCCCCCAUUAACCCCCUAUGGUUCCCCUUCCCAAACGCAUUUCUGAAGCCACUUCGUCACUUCUGUUUUCUGCAGCUUUGCUUUGUGCCAGUUUUCACCUUCACCCCCCCAUGUCUGUGCCUCCACCACCACUCUUUUUCUGGAACUCCCUGCCAUUUAAUACAGAUCACCUUCUGUAUCUUCGUCCUUCCCACACCUUGCAGCUACGAAGCACCCUUUUCAACUUCCACCCAAUUAUGCAACCACACCCCCUCCUAUUCUGCAGGCCCAUUAAUGCCCCUGCUUUUAUCUUCACCCCUGUUGCUGUGCCACCUAAUCACUCCUGUUUUGCAACCCUCUUUUUUCAACUCAGACUUGCACACAGGCCAUCCCCAUUUCCAUGCUUCAUCCUCUCUCUUGUUCUGCAGCCCCAUUUAUGCCCAAAGCACAUGCUGAUAUGUAAUGUAGCUUUACGACAGAAUAUCCAAGAGCAAGCCUGCCAGUUAGCUUGUUCAGUUAAAGGUUCAGUUCAUGGCUGUUGUACAUAGGAGUGUUUGCUUGUUAAUGAAAUAUCUCUUUUAAAUUACUACACUGAACCUGGAACUUCAUUGUGUGAGCAUAUGGAAUAUUUGAGGGGGGUCUGCAUCUGUUAUUUCUCGCAUGGCGCAGUCGAGGGAUGGAAGUUGAAGAUGAAUGAAAAGGCAGAAGUAGAUGCUUAAAACAACAGCAGAAAUUUAAGUAAAGUUGGGGAUUGAGAGACACCACAAAUAUUCAAGCAGGGUCUGCACAAUUAUAUUCUUACAUUUGUAGAGAUACAAAGAUCCAGACACCCACACAUGGCCACAUAACUGUCACUCGUCAUUGAGCACAGUAGAGUUUUAUUUUUUAAAAAAUACCAUGCAAACAUGAUGACGACACUUUUUUACUAGAGCUCAGGUUGCUUGGCUCUCCUUGUGGCAAUUUUGGGUGAUGCAUGAAACUUAGGUACACUGCUAUGCAUGUAGCUGCAUUUAAUUGUCUUUCUUCCUAGAUGGUUCAAAACUUUGAAGAUGAAAGCUGCUUCUUAGUUACCACAAUAAAAGGUAUGCUAAUAAUAAUGGACAAACCCAGUGUUGAAAAUGAUACCCUUAGCUUAGUUUUAAAAACUGCCUAUGUGAUGCACUGGCUUCCCUGCAUUUUUUACUUACCAGUAGUUUUUUGCAGUACGUUAGUUAAAGCAGACUUGCAUUUAAAUGUUUUACAUUCAGUUUCUCUUUAAAUACCUUCCAUUAUUUUUGUUCUGAAAUUGAAUGUGUUUUAAAGUUGCAACCUGCUUCUCCUGAACUCGGGACUACUUUCAACCACUCUAUAUACUGCCAUUUAGAUAUCUUUCAGUAAAAGAAAAAGGAACUAAAACUAUUAAAGUUACACUUGAAAAAAUGUUUUCAAAGUAUUUAAUUUUUGCUGAAUGAGUCUUUCCAGAAUUGUGAGAUACUUAGGCAUAAGAACUGAUGACAUCUGUCUUUGUAGAGUAGAACGGAAACAGUCCUGAUUUCAAGGUCUUAUGGAACCCAUAGUUUGGCAGUUCAGUGAGCCCUAGAAAAUACUUUUUAAUAGCUUUUUAUAUUCAUGUGCUUUCAUUAUAAAAUUUUAUUAUAAAUUGAAAUAAUGGCUCCUUUUGAAUUACAGCUGAAAAUGGCGAAGGCUUCCAUAUAAUUUUGAAGUGAUGUUGCCAUACAAUAUAAUGGACUGAUAUUCCAGUAUAGAAUGAAGUCAUGCUCAAGAAUGACAAAUAACACCGUCUCUUCAGGGAUCUGACUUCACCGUAUAGAAUGUUUCAUAUUGAAAACACAAGGUGACCUUUCUAAUGAGCUGUUUAGUAGAUGAACUUCCCACUGCCAUAGCCAAAAGUCCUCAUAAGAGGUAACAAUGCCGGAAUAGCUAACGUACAGGCAUGGAAAAAAACAAAGGUGUUUGCCCUUUUUAAAAUUAAGGCAAGCUAUGGCCAGUAGAUGCAGUUUGUAGAAGCGUUACUGCUUUCCUAUUACACUGUAUCCAGUUUGAAUGUAAACUUAUUCUGGGCAUUUACCUUUCUGUGCCAGUUUGUCUAUUACUCGCUUGUACCUUUAUGCUGAUUUUAUUUUUUGAUGUUAGCAGAGCACAUAGUAAUUUGUGUGGAAAUAAGUAGUAAAAAUGAUAGCAAUCAGGUUUUGGGUCUUGAGAGUAAAGCUGUCAAAACAGCAUCCUCCGUGUAAAUUGUGUAUAAGCGUGAAUGUAAGAAGUGUAAAUGUCAAAAGGUGGACUUACUGAAAGUCCUAGCCAGAUGAAAAUUAAGCAUGCAGCAGACCGCAUCAUCAUCAGUACCUAUUUGAGAGGAUAAGAAGAAAUCCUGUGAGGUACAAUACUUUGCUUUGUAAUAGGCAUGUUACAGAAAAUCUGCCUAUGCAUCAUGUCUUUUUUAGUUUUUUCUAUAAAGCACUACUGCAGCAUUUCAAUUUCAAUGUUUCACUUUUUGAACCACACUAUUAAUAAUAGUAGUGAGUUGGGACUUCCUCAUGGAGAAAAAGGGAAUGUCACUGGCACCAAGGGACUAUUCUAAAGCAUUAAGCAGGAAUCUACAAACGUUGAUUUUGGUUACCGCUCUAGUUGAAGACCAGGAUCUUCCCAUGUGUGAACUGUUCGUUGCUUUUUUAUCUCUGACUGAUGUGGAAAACCAUAGUUACAGUGCCUCUUCCAUACAACCAAAUACUUGAUUAGCAGUUGCACAACUUAAUGAAUGAGCUGCAAAAAUGUCCUUAAAUGUUGGCUGAAGAGCAGAGAACUAUCGAAGGACAGGUGCACAUGUCUGCUCUGCAUUAAUAUAGGUUUGUGGGAGAUUCAGACAGAGAAUGCUGGUUGUUCCGUCAUGGUAGGUGGCUUGCCCCUUAAUCAAAUAGCUAAAAUCUUAACUGAUGUAGUGAAUAUUUGAAGGUGGGAAGAGCAGCAUGUCAAAUACUGUUCUUAAUUUCAUUCCCAUUUAUAAUUAUGCCUAGGUUAAGUCUUUCUGUUAAGAAUGUUGUUUCAUUCCUAGAGUAGGAUGAGGGCUUACUCCCCACCCCCCAUGACCUGGACUAUUCUGCACUGAUGGGGAAGGAGAGUAGAGUUUGUGAGCAUACUUAAUUGUUUUGAGUUUUUCUUGCCUAUAAAUUAUUUUGGUUGUACUCGGGUGUCUUCAAUGGACUUGAUGCAUCAUCUCAUUUUUCUAAUCUGUGGAGAAUCUGAAAAAUGUCACGAUUAAAUUAUAAAAGCUGUACAGUAGUUUGGUUCACUUGGAUUUAAUUAUGGCACCAGCAAAUUGCUUUUUGUUUUUAAAUAAGAUGUAUACAUUUCAAUUUCAGUAAAAACAUUUUCC